AUGCUGGGCACUGGUGCUGCAGUCUGCGUCGGCGGACCAGCGUUCGUAUUCUGGAUUCAGCCGACCGAUGAGGAGCUGUUCAAGCGUUACAACCCGGAAUUACAGAAGAAGAGCUUGGAAGGCCGGUACGAGCGGCAGAAGGAGUUCGACGACUUCGUCACGCAGUUGAAGGACUAUUCGAAAUCAGACAAGCCGAUAUGGACCGUUCAGGAGGAAGCUGCUCGGAAGUACAGGGCUGCAAGACUGGAGGAAGACGCAAGAGUUGCCGAGGAGGCCAAGGCUCGCAAAGAGGCCAUGAGGAGAGAAUCCGGACUGUCUGGAAACUCGAGCAGCUAG